UAUCUUCACACCUUGCUGUCACAGUGCUACAGCUCAUCUGUUCCUGUUCUGGUACCCUCUUUCACUUGUCUUCUCCCUCCAGGGGGGCUGCUGUAUGACCUGCUGGCAGGACACACAGAUACGAUCACUGCCUUCACAGGGGCAAAUAAGGACCUUAUUGCAGUCACUGCUUCCAGGGACAGGACGUUGAAGAUAUGGGAUUUGGCCUCAGGGAGAGCAGUGAAAACUGUUCAUGAAGUCGGGAGAAACAUCAGGUCAGUUGUCCUGUGUAUGGACAACACUCUGGUGGCAGUCACAGAGGACCACUGUCUCCAGGUCUGGGAGGUUUCUUCAGGGAGGAUGAUCUACUCAGAAAACGAUUCACUUGACAUCCCAGUGUUAACGACAGCCAUGGAUGGCCAGUUCCUUGUGGCAUUCUAUGAUGGAAGCCAUACAAUGAAAGUAUUUGAUUUGGCUGCCUCCUGCAAACAGCUCCAUCAGGUGGAGAUCACUCCAGAUGACAACCCCAUUCACAAAGACCGCUCCGUCUUGGUAUCACAGAACUCGGUAAAAGAUUAUGUCCUGUUUGCCUACAGGAGUGGUAAGGAAGCCAUGGUAUUCAGUGCCAGGAAGGGAGAGGUGAUUACAAAAUUACCAGCCAAUGAGCCUGUAGCCUCUGUACAAGGAGUUGAUAUGACUAGAGAAUACUUCCUUCUCAUAUGCAGAUACCCAUACAUGAGACUCCAUGAAAUCGUCCAUAUUGAACUCUUCAGCACUGGGAGUUUUCAAUAUCUCCGCUCUGUAAAGGGCUGCUGCAAUGACCCCAUCUCUGUCCUGUCUGUAACCCGAGCGGGCACUCAUGUUGUCACUUUCUGCUCUUCCGCUGACACCAGCACCACUGAGAUUGUCACUUGGAACUUAGAGACUGAGGACCACAAACACAUAGUGAAAUCCUCCUCUGUUGUAACUGGAGGUUCCUGCAUUGACCUGAGAUUCUGCCUGGCUGUUUGUAGGAAAGAAAAUCACAUCCGCAAGUGGAACUUAGCUUCAAAGAUCAACGACCAGUCUCUGUCUUUUAAUUCGCACAAAGUAAAGAGCAUUGAUGGAACAGAGGAAAUCAUUCCCAUGAAGAACUAUUCUAGCUAUGUCGUGUGCAAAAGUUUAAACCCUGGAGUUGUAAGAGUCUGGAACAUAGUGAAAUCAAAUUAUAAAGGCAAAGCAGUGAGAGUGGAGCGUGGACUUUAUGAAAACACUGAUGUCGUAAUAGUGAGAGAUAUGAAGCUGUAUAUCCUUACUGACAAAGGCGUGUCAGCCUUCACUGAGACACCAAGGCCAAUUUUCCAGACAUUGCUGGUCUAUGAUCUCCUGAAGAAGAAGUAUAUUAAAAAGCAGACUGGGCUGUAUAUCAUUCCUUGUCAAAAGCAUGAAUACCAGAUUCUUGAGGGAGGGCUGUUACUGGGGCUUUCUGAGAACAGAGAUCACAUGGUAGUGUGGAGCCUUGAAACAGGAUUUAUUAAAACCAGAAUAAGACCAAUCUACAAAGAUCAACUCUUGUCAAACAUGCUUCAAACAUCACUUGGGCCAAAGGACAAGCACUAUAAGGAACUCUUGUCUAAAAUGGGCAGUACAAAAGAAGUCAAAGCCCACAUGACCCCCUGGGAAAGACGCAAUGAGACCAAAACAGCUAAAAACAGGAGACUGGAGAAGGAGAUGAAGAGGGAAAUUGAAAAACUGCAGCAGAUCGAUAAUGAGAAACACAACGGCAUUGAUCAGUACUUAAUCAGUGGGGACGAGCAGGUACUAGUGUGCUCCUAUUAUGCACACCAUCUGAAUGUGUUCAGCCUGGAAUCUCAUUCUCACAUCCACAUGCUGGAGGACAGAACUUCAAUGCUUUUCCUCCACAACGCUGCUUUGAGUUACAGUGGCAACUAUCUGGCCAUUUCAAACUAUAGCGACAAGACGAAAACCAGCUACGUGACACUAUGGGAUACACUGAAUGGAAAGGUGAGAAAAAGACUGAAGAAUGAGCCCAGUGUUUGUUGUGUGGCAGUCACUGAUGAUGCAAGCCGCGUUGUCUUUGGUGUCAUGGAAGCAAACAAGCUUAAAGUUUGGGAUCCCUUUAAGAAAAGACACAAAACGAUUUUUGGAUAUGAAAACUUAACCCUUGGAGACAACAGCAAGCUGCAUAUCACAGAUGGGGGAGAAAGGGCAAUUCUGCUAGCAGGUGACAUCAGCCUGUGGGACCUAAAGGGUGGCACUGUUGUAUCUGUCUUCACUCCAGACAGCAAAAUCCAAUGUCUGUCUCUGACACAUGACAAGGAAACGAUUCUACUUGGUAUGAGCGAUAACCCGGCCCUAAUCACCAUGAAGCUGAUGUCAAAGGAAAUCAUGAAAACAAGUUCAAAGGGAAUGGAUUUGUUUGGGGAAAUAUCGAGCAGCAGUGAUGAAGAGGAAGAUGAGAGUGGCGAAGACCCAGCCUUGAGUGCCUAAAGAAUCCUGUGUUGGCUUUUUCAUCUCAAGUUUCUGCAUUCAAGCACACACCAACAACAACAAAUGCAAAGUAAAUGGAACUGCCAUAUUCUGCUGUAUUCUACCCAUUUUUGUUCAGUUUCAUAAAUAUAAACUGUGAACUUGUGGUGUGUCUGGUACCAUGGAGAGGAGCAUUACAAUGGGAUGAGGUAUUUUUCAACCGAUUAUUUCUUUUUGUGUGUAUGUGUCUGUAUAAUUCUACAGCAUUUUGUUUCCUUAAGCCCAUGAAUUGUAACAGUUAUUUGUGUACUGAGAUACUAUUAAAAGAAAAAAAUAUAUAUAUUAUGGUUUGUGCAUCCACAACUACAUUAAAAAAAUUUGCAGGACUAACCCUUAUACAUUCAUGUUAUAUAAAAAGACAAUACUGAAUAUGAAUUACUGUAUAUGAUAGUAUUUGGAUGUAUAAUUCAUACACACUGUAUUUGUGAUUUAAUAUGAAAUUACUAUAACAAAUAAUUAUAUGUUUAAAUUAUAUGAAAAUAAAGUUAUGUUACUGCUUAAACAGGCACAUAGAUCCAGGUAGAGGCUUACAUCUUCCUUAACUACACGUGAGCACUAUUGAGCAGUGGGGCUUUGAGGACUGCAACACAUCAGAAACUGUGUACUUGUACACAAUGUAUUUGCAUUAGAGGCAUGUUGCCAUUUGGCAGUCGGUUUUGAGUUGUGCUGUCAACAGGUACAAGUCAUUUCAUGGUCACAGGAGUUCUAAAACAGAAGUACUGUAAUUGUACAGUGAGCAAUACUGGGACAAAAAUGUUAUACAAGAGAUAGGAUAUCCUGACAGAUUCAAACAGUGGCACUGGAACAAUUUUUAUAGUGGGGGUGCUGAAAGCCAUUGAACAAAACUGUA